AUGCCUGGAGCAGUCACAAAACCUCGACGCCAGCCGCCAUGGUAUAGUGUCCGUAUACUUGAGGAAGAAAGACCUGAUUUGGCAGAUGCUAAUGGCAAAAUAAACCUUGAGGACUCAGUUUGUGUGAUAGUUCGUCAGUGGAAGAAUCCAUGCAAGCUGAGGAACGAAGCUGCUUUGAUGGAUAUGUUCAUUAGAAAAAAGAGCGACUUACAAACUGGAGAUCUGAUUGUAACAGAUGAUAACAAUGAAACAGUUGAAAAGAAUACACUGUUUGCGAUGAAGACCAGUAUAAGACCGUAUAGCGUCAAUAUCACCUUGAGAAUGAAGCGCGAACUGCGUAUCCUCAAUGAACUUAAGAAGAACAAAUGUCCAUAUUCUCCCGUCGUUCUUGACAGCGGUCGUGUUGCUGAUCUGCCAUUUAUAGGUAAGCUGUCUUGAUC